GGGGAUAUUCGGUUUUUCGUUCUUCUUGUUAUUAUUAUUAUUAUUAUUGCAGCUGAAAGAAAAUUGUAGAAGAACCGAAGAGAGGGGGGCCCAAGCGGUUGCGAUGGGAGAAAGCGGCGUUGCCAUAGCGGAGGAGCAGAGGCAGACCGCCGUUGAUGAAGCUGUGACCCACAAAAACGACACCGUUUGUAACUCCGGCGACACUCCUUCCUCGUCCGAUCGCCCAGUUCGUGUGUACGCUGAUGGGAUCUACGAUCUCUUUCAUUUUGGCCAUGCUCGCUCCCUGGAACAAGCCAAAAAGCUGUUCCCCAACACGUACUUGCUGGUUGGAUGCUGCAAUGACGAGGUUACACACAAGUUCAAAGGCAAGACUGUUAUGACUGAAUCGGAGCGUUAUGAAUCCCUUCGCCAUUGCAAGUGGGUUGAUGAGGUUAUUCCUGAUGCCCCAUGGGUAAUUAAUCAAGAGUUCCUGGACAAACACCGAAUAGAUUUUGUGGCUCAUGAUUCUCUUCCUUAUGCUGAUGCAAGUGGAGCUGGAAACGAUGUUUAUGAAUUUGUCAAAGCUGUGGGAAGAUUUAAAGAGACUAAAAGGACCGAUGGAAUUUCAACGUCUGACAUCAUUAUGCGGAUAGUGAAGGACUAUAACCAAUAUGUGAUGCGCAACUUGGAUCGUGGUUAUUCAAGGAAGGAGCUUAAUCUUAGCUAUGUCAAGGAAAAGCGACUAAGGGUAAAUAUGAGACUGAAGAAGCUGCAGGAGAAGGUCAAGGAGCAUCAAGAAAAGGUGGGGGAGAAGAUACAAACUGUUGCAAAAACAGCUAGCAUUCAUCGUAAUAUGUGGGUUGAAAAUGCUGAUCGAUGGGUUGCUGGAUUUCUUGAGAUAUUUGAGGAAGGUUGUCAUAAAAUGGGAACGGCUAUUAGGGAUCGCAUUCAAGAGAGUUUAAGAGGACAACAGGUGUCGGGUUUCCUGGCUAAUGGCCGUGAGAGUGAUGAUGAUGAGUACUAUUAUGAUACGGAGGAAGACUAUUAUGAUAAUGAAGAAUAUUACGACAGUGAUGAGAAAUGACUGCCCUGUACAUUAGGCCCAUUGGUAGUCGCCCCAUCGGCUGUCUGUUUUAUAUUUGGGCUUGUGUAAGCUAUUGUAGAAUAGUUGACAUAUUCUCCUCAAACUUGUGUUGGAUGUUACUGACUUUUGAGCUUUUUGGUUUGGUGUUUGCCAUAUCUUUGCAGUUUUAGCUUUUCUCAUGGUAUGAAUUGUCAUCAAAUAGUUUGUUACUGGGAAAUGUAUGGUUUGGUUACCUUCGAGGAGAUUUGGUUGUGAGAAAGGGAUGCUUAGUCUAUGUGUUACAUGUGCUUGUCUCAUAUUAUCCGAAUAGCAUCAGUUUGUCAUCGGUCGAGGACUGGAAGGAGAGUUUUGUUUCCAUAUACAGUACCCCUCAAGCAGAUUGAUGUAUAGUAGGUCUUAUCUUGAAUUGAAAAUUGUAGUUGUUCAGGAUCUCAAAUUCAUAACAAUUCUGUUGCCUGA